CGACAGGGAGGCGGACGGGAUAGAUGAACAUGGCGGCUCCCUCAAUAAAGUUCAAGACCAACUACGCCGUGACAAGGAAAAUCGAAGCUUUCUACAAAGGGGGAAAAGUUCAGAUAAACAGCGAUGGAACCUAUAUUCUUUGUACAUGUGGGAAUAAGCUCAAUAUACUGGACAUUGCCACUGGGGCUGUUACUUACACCAUCGAGCAGGAUGACCAAGAAGAUAUAACCUCAUUUGCGCUCAGUCCUGAUGAUGAGAUUCUGGUCACGGGCAGUCGGGCAUUGUUGCUAAAGCAGUGGGACUGGAAGCAGGGAACAUGCUCUCGGACCUGGAAAGCCAUUCACACUGCGCCAGUCGCCACAAUGACCUUCGACCCCACCUCUACACUAUUGGCCACAGGAGGUUGUGACAGCACCAUAAAGAUCUGGGAUGUGAUCAAGCAAUACUGCACCCACAACCUGAAGGGCUCCUCUGGGGUCGUCCACUUGGUGCAGUUUCAUCCCGAUAUGUCCCGGCUGCAGCUCUUCUCUUCCUCCAUGGACUACAAGAUUCGCCUUUGGGAUCUGAAAACCAGCAAGUGCCUCUGCGUAAUGGAAACACAUUUCAGUGCUGUGACUUCACUUUGCUUUUCCCCUGAUGGGAACACAAUGAUCAGCUCGGGGCGAGAUAAAAUUUGCACCAUGUGGGAUCUAGAGACCAAGAGCCCAAAGAGGACAGUACCUGUGUAUGAGAGUGUAGAGGCCGUGGUCCUCUUUCCUGAUUCUUCUGACAUUAUCUGUCAAGAAAAUGACUCGCAGUCCCUGCUGUUCCUCACAGCUGGCAGUAAAGGCAUACUGCGUGUGUGGGAUGCCGCUACUGCUGUCUGUGUCUAUGGCCAGACUCUGCCGCACAUAGCCGAGGGCAACUCCACGGAGGAGGAGGCUAAUGAGCAUAGCCUGACCCACUGCCUACUCAUCCCUGGUCAGCACCAGGUGGCCACAAUCACUGCUGAACACAACAUCCUGAUGUACGACCUUCAGAACCUCCAGCUAAAGAAGCAGUUUGCAGGAUAUAAUGAUGAGGUUCUAGAUGUGAAGUUCCUGGGUCCUUCCGACUCUCAUAUUGUGGUGGCCACCAACAGCCCCCAACUGAAAGUGUUUGAUUUGGAAACUUCCAAUUGCCAGAUACUCUAUGGGCAUACUGAGACUGUGCUUGCCUUGGAUGUCUUUAAGAAGGGCCUCCUAUUUGCCAGCUGUGCCAAGGACAGGACCAUACGGGUUUGGCGGAUGAAGAAGGCCACAGGGAAGGUGACAUGUGUGGCACAGGGCAGUGGGCAUACCAACGGAGUGGGGACAAUCUCAUGUUCAAGAAUGAAGGAGGCUUUUCUAGUGAGCGGCAGCCAGGACUACACCAUCAAGCUCUGGAAGCUCCCAGAAUCCUUAGCUAACAAACAGAGUAAAGGCAAUUCAGGAGACCUGGAGACAUUGCUUGCCUGCGCCACCGAGAAGGCACAUGAUAAGGAUAUAAACAGCGUCACCGUAUCACCCAAUGACAAGCUGAUCGCUUCAGGAUCUCAGGACAAGACAGCCAAACUGUGGUUGGCCACAGACCUCUCUCUCCUGGGAGUCUUUCGGGGCCACAAGAGGGGCAUUUGGUGUGUGCAGUUCUCAAAUGUCGACCAGGUCUUGGCCUCCACCUCCGCUGAUGGGACACUGAAACUGUGGGGCUUGCAGGACUUCAGCUGCCUGAAGACAUUUGAGGGUCACGAUGCUUCAGUGCUGAAGGUGGUCUUUGUUAGUCGUGGGGCUCAGCUUCUCACCAGUGGCUCGGACGGCCUGCUGAAGCUCUGGACCAUAAAAACCAAUGAGUGCGUGAAGACCCUGGACACCCAUGAAGACAAAGUCUGGGGGCUACACUGCAACAGGGAGGAUGACGCUCUGGUGACCGGAUCUGCUGACUCGGCCAUUAUCCUUUGGAAGGAUGUCACUGAGACAGAGCUGGCUGAAGAGCAGGCAAAGGAAGACGAGGCCAUCCUAAAGCAACAAGAGCUGUCAAACUUGCUGCAUGAGAAGCGGUUCCUGAAGGCGCUGGGACUGGCCAUCUCGUUAGACCAACCUCAUACUGUACUCACUGUCGUCAAAGCAAUCCUACAGGAACCUCACGGAAAGGACGAUCUGGAAAAAAACAUUGAGAGGUUGCGCCAGGAUCAGAAAGAGUCCAUACUGCGCUACUGCUGUGUCUGGAACACAAACUCGCGCAACUGCCACGAGGCCCAGUCCGUGCUGAGCAUCAUUCUUACCCACGAGCCCCCAGAGAGUCUCCUUCAGUUCAGCGGGAUCCGAGGCUCCUUGGAGUCCCUCAUACCUUAUACAGAGCGACACAUGCAGCGGAUGGGCAGGCUGCUCCAGGCCUCCAUGUUUGUUGACUUUAUGUGGCAGCACAUGCGACUGACAGAUUUGCCAGAAGAAGACAAGGCACCGGGAUCCAUUGCUACAAAGUCUGCUCCUGUAGCGGAAAAGAACAAGAUCCCCUCAGUGCAGGGCUGAGCCCUGGGAACCCCCAACACACUGCACAAAGUUUCUAACUGUGCCCCCAGGCUUCCAGCAACAGGCGGGACCCUCGGCUGCUGGGUCACAUGAUGCCCAAGGAUCCCGAGCAGCCUGUUACAGACAUUCUGGUUGGUUUGGUUCCAGUAUGCACAGCCUGCAGCUAACCUGUUGGUGAUUACUGAAUGGGAACUGUUAAUAGGAAGAUGGAUAUUGCCAUUCCUGCAGCCGGCAUGGUGGUCUGACCCAGACCCGGAGACAAACCAGCCCGGCAUUAACUGUAUCAUAUAGAAUGAGCCUCCGGCUGCUCAUAUAAAGCAGGAACUGUAUGACCUGCGUUUGCGAGACCGUACCACCCUGCCGUGCCUUCACACCUAACCGUGCAAUAUAAGUGGUACAUCUUUUUUUUAGGGAUUUAAUAAAAUUUUCCCUAAUUUC